AUGCCCCGUGCCCCCCCAGACCCCACGGAACCUGGCAGCCUGCAGCAGGGCAACUCCUUCCACUGGGCCCCGCAGCGGCUGCGACAGCAGCUGGCGCAUAGGCAGGGGGGCGGCGUGAUGCUGACCGGGGGUCCCGGCUGUGGCAGGACGGCUCUCUGCACCGAGCUGCUGUGGCCGACCUCAGCAGCCAGGCACCGUGCCGGUCUGGCCGCUCGGGUGCUGGGCUGGCACCUCUGCCAGGUGCAGGAUGCCGACACGCUCUCGCCCCACCGCUUUGUCCUGGGGCUGGUGCGGCCCCUGGAGCGCUCCCCGCUGCUGCAUCGGUACCGGCUGGCCCCUGCCCCGCUGCCUGCUGACAGCAAGCUGGACCCAGAUGUGGCCUUCAAGAGGAGAGGGACGACAGGCGUAGCUCCCAGCACUGCACCGGGGUCUCCUGCAGGGCUGUGCUGCUGCACCCCGGAGCAGCCCCUGCUGCUGCUGGUGGGUGCCCUGGAUGAGGGGAUGCUGGUGGCUGAGGGUGAGUGGAAGCUGUCGGGAUGCAGCGGCAUCAUCGCAGAGCUGCUGGCCCGGCACCAGGCCCUGCUGCCCCCCUGGCUGCUGUUGGUCUGCUCGGCAUGCCGGCACGGCAAGGCGCUGGCCAGGAGCUUCACUGGCUUCUGCUGCCUGUGCCUGGAUGACUUGCAGAAGGUGGCGGUGGUGCAGGACGUGCAGCAGUACAUCCUGUGCCGGCUGGACCACGAGCCUGCCCUGUGCCAGCACCUGACACAGCAGACUGACAAGGUGCUGAACCAGCUGCACAUCAAGAGCAGUGGCUGCUUCCUCUACGAGCAGGUGCUAGAUGGGGUGGCUGCUGGCACUAUUGUGCUGCGUGAGCUGCGGCACGUCCCUGGCACCCUCAACAGCCGCUACCUCUGGCUGUGCCGGCACCUCUUCCCACCACCACUCUUUGCCCUCACCCGCCUGCUGCUUGGCUGCUGGCUGCGCCCCGGCCCCUGCACCCCAAGGAGCUGUACCAGGCGCUCUGGGCACACUGCGCCGGUCCGAAGCCCAGCCCCAGCUGGGAUGACUUCCAGCAGCUGCUGGAGGCACUGGGCACACUGCUGGCAGAUGGCCCUGGUGGCACCAAGCUACUCUUCCAUGCCAGGCGGUUGGACGCUGCUGGCCAGCGCAGCCCACAGCGGGCACCACGAGGAAGCCAGGCUGCUGCUGGCGCAGGGUGCGGUGGAGGUGGCUGAUGCCAGCGGGCAGACACCUCUGACACUGGCUGCCCCUCAAGGCCACACCGAAGUGCUGCAGUGCCUGCUGGCCCACGGCACCGACAUCAACCGGCCGGACUGGGACGGCUGGGCUGCCCUGCGCUCAGGCACCUGGGGCGGGCACACCGAGGCUGUGGCCACGCUGCUGUGGAUGGGCGCAGAGGUGGACAGAGCAGACGCCGAGGGCCGCACAGCACUGCGGGCAGCCGCCUGGGGCAGCCACAAGGAUGUUGUCUGGAUGCUGCUGUGGCACGGUGCCUGUGUGGACCAGGCUGAUGCUGAGGGCCGGACCCCCCUCAUUGCCGCUGCCUACAUGGGCCACUGCCCCAUCGUGGAGCUGCUGCUGCCCCAUGGCACCAACCCCAACCCUGCCGAUGCCAACAGGCACACAGCACUCUCAGUGGCUGCCCUCUGUGUGCCAGGCGGCUGGGGCUACAGCAAGGCGGUGAGGCUGCUGCUGGAGCACGGUGCCUAUGUGGAGCAGCGUGACUGUGAUGGAUGGCCUCACACCCCUGCUGGAGCUGCCUACGAGGGCCACACCGAGAUGGUGGAGCUGCUGCUGGAGGCCAGCACCCAGGUGGACGAGGUGAAUGUGGCUGGGCACACAGUACUGCUGGUGGCCGCCACCGUGGGCCACAGGGCAGUGGUCAGCGCACCGCUCUUCUUGGGGGCAGCCAUGGACCGCACGGACCCCGAGGGGUGGACAGCGCUGGCUGUGGCAGCAGUACAGGGCAGCACAGCCAUGGCACAGGCACUGCUGGCCCGGGGGCUGGACGAGAAGCACGGUGACACACGGGGCUGGAGCCCACUGCACCUGGUCGCACAGGAGGGCCACUGCCCCUGCCUGCGCCUGCUGCUGAAGAGCCGCCCACCCCUGGACCGCUGCAGCCACGAUGGCCGCGCUGCCCCGGCCAUUGCUGCCCUGCAUGGCCACCGCCCCGCCGCUGAGCUGCUGCUGCACUACAGGGCUGACCGCAACCUCCCUGAUGCUGAGGGCUGGCCCCUGCUGUACCUGCUGGUGCUGGAGGAGCACCCAGCGCUGGCAGAGCUGCUUCUGGUGCACGGGGCCGACCCCAAGGGCUGGGACACCCAGGGGCGCACAGCACUGCACGUUUCCUGCUGGUGGGAGUCAGUGCAGCUGCCGCUGCGGCACGGGGCCCAGGUGGGCGCAGUGGACAGGGAGCAGCGCUCAGCCCUGCGCUUGGCCUCCUGGCAGGGCCAGACCACUGCCGCCUGCUAGCUGCUGGACUGUGACACCCACAUCGGCCAGGCCUGCAGCCAAGGGGUGAUGGCUCUGGGCAUCGCCACCCAGGAGGGCCAUGUUCUGCUGGAACGCGGCACCAACCCUUGCCUUGCUGACAGCCAUGGCUGGACCCCUGCCCUGGCUGCCCAGCGUGGCCACGCCGCCAUCCAGUGCCUGCUGGAGCAGCACGGGGCCCCAGCAGUGCCACCCCACACAGCCCCAUGCGGCCACUCACCUGUCUGACACCUCCCCAGGGACCUCGCCAGCCUCCUCCGCUGGCUGCUCGCUGGCCGUGGCCGUGCCUGUGGUGCUGGCGCCUUGCAGCCACCCCACUGGGUCCAAUGGGCUCUUGUGGCCGCUGUUGUCCUUCACCACGCAGGAUGCCCGGCUGCACCCCAAGCAGGCACUCGAGCUGCAGUUUGAGGGGCCAACCUGCAGCCACGACUGCAAAAAGGAGACCCUGCUCUGAGGGUGUGUGGCCCUGCCCAGCACGUGCCUGGGGACAGAAGCAGGGGGCUGGCCGGGGGGGGUAAUUGUGAGCCCCCACCCCAUCAUCAGGUUAGCCCUGCAGUUACCCUGUCUGCUCUGCCUACACGUGGAGGGGGAUGGAGGUGCUUGGAAGAAGGUGCCUGCCUGGCUGCAGGACAGACGGACGGACAGGUUGACAGUCCCACGUGCCAGGCACAAGCAGUGCCCAGUGCUGGGCAGGGCAGGCUGCGGUCCCAGCCCGGAGCUCAUCCAGGAGCAGCAGCAGUGCAGGCAGGGGGCUUGGACACCGGAGCCACCCCAGCCUUACGCAGCGGGGUUGGAGCCCUGGCUGCAGCCCCCUGUCCAAGUCAAGCCCCAUGGGGGCUGGAACCCACUGGUGGUGCCCUAGGCCCCCACACUUUGCAGAUGUUUGUACAACAAAUAAACACCAUGACCUGCUGCAGCUGUGUCCCUGCCCUGAGUGUUGGGGGGGGGGUGGGGAGCAGGGUGC